CAUCCCCCCACUCCCAAACACUUACUCCAGUCUAUAUAGCGCACAUGAUUCACGGUUUUCUGUAUUGUUUUGUCUUUGAUCAGAGAUGGUGAGAGCCAGCGUGCGUGCAAUUUAGACUCGCCGUUUCUCUACAACUAUUAGGUGGCUAUUUUGCCCGCACAUUCGUGAAUGCAAUGAAUCGUGAAUUCCCUUCGUUUCUCUAAAAGAACUAGAACUUGGAAGGGGCCCUAAAAGGUUGGGGGAGAAGAAAGGAGGAAAAAGAAAUGAGUACUGCAGGGGAGCCGAUUGAGAAAACUAUAGAUCGAGACUGGGUUGUCUCAUUGAAGAACAAGUUGAAGGAAACAGAACAGGAGGAUUGGCGCACCGAACAGCCGACCAUCUUCAGAGUCUUACCGCACUUGCGAGGGAUCGAUCCAAAGGCAUACGAGCCAAUGAUCGUCUCGCUCGGCCCAUUCCACCAUCUCGAGUCUCACCUGAAAGCCAUGGACCACCUCAAAUGGCACUAUCUCAACAAAUUCCUUGGCCGAAACCCCGAGAAGCCCCUGGAAGACUACCUCAAGUUGAUCAAGGAGAAAGAGCGGCAAGCACGUAUGGCCUACUCAGAAGAAGUGGAGAUGAGCAGCGAUGACUUCGUCCAAAUGAUGUUGCUUGACUGUUGUUUUGUGAUUGAGACCAUAUUGUCAGAGGGAGAAGGACAAGCCACGAUAUGGUCGCUAUCGCCAGUGUUGGUGCGUGAUAUGCUGAUUCUGGAAAACCAACUCCCUUUCUGUCUCCUCCAGCCUUUGUUCGACUCUAUUUUUCCUGACCAAUCCCAUAACCUCAAGAAUUCGAUACUUGAUUUCCUCAGCGAGUCCAUAAGCAUCAGGCCGGAAAAUCCCUCCGUCGAAAAGUCAUUUCACCAUACACUCCAUCUUUUCCUUUCUUGCAUUCUCCCAGCAAAGGACGGAGAUGGCAGUGAAUCCUCCACAUCCCUCUGCCACAACCUCAGCUGUAUGCAGAACGUGUUCCCCGUGUCGUUUUGGCUCCCAUCGUGGCUAAUCAAAUUAUCAUGCUGCUCUAGAGACGAUCAGGAGGAGACAAAUGCGCUUGGCGGUACGCAGAACAUGUUCCCCGUGUCCUUUUGGCCCUCAUCGUGGAUAAACAAGUCAGGCUGCUCUGGAGACGAUCAGGAUCCGACAAAUGCGAGUCUGAAAUGGAUUCCAAGUGCGACACAGCUCACGGAGGCUGGCGUCCAUAUCAGGAGGAAAAACAAGGCUAAGAGCUUUCUGGACAUCACCUUUCGGGACGGGAAGAUGGAGAUCCCACAGCUUCAGGUUGAUGACCACACCAACACCCUCCUCAGGAACCUCAUAGCAUUCGAGCAGUGCUGCAAGGAAGCCAGCCAUCAUGUCACGUCCUACGCGGGACUCAUAGAUUGCAUCAUCGAUACUGCUGCCGACGUCGCAUUGCUCCAACGAAGUAAAAUCAUUAUUAACGGUAUGGGCAACGGCGAAGAAGUCGCUACUCUAUUCAACCGAAUUUGCAAGGAGGUAAUGAUUGACGAACCCGAUAGUGGCUACUUUUCAAGAAUCUACAAAGAAACCAAUGAGCACUACGACGCCAGAUGUAACAAAUGGCGAGCAAGGUUGAAUCAUGAUUACUUCAGUAAUCCUUGGGCGAUUGUCUCGGUGGCUGCAGCUAUCUUUCUCUUCGUUCUCGCUACAACUCAGACCAUUUACACAGUACUGAGCUAUGUUCAGCCAACUAAGUAGUCAUGUAUCAUUUGUUAGUUUGUAUGAACCACGUAAUGAUACAUGUUCUCAGAGUUUGCA